CCUACAUCCACCCCAAGCCCACCUCGCACUGUAAGGACGCCGGGGAGGGUUUUGCCCCACAGCCCUGCAUAGACCCCUUUCGCUGCCUAUGGCAGAUCUCCGCCGGGGCUGGCUCUAAGCAAGGCGAGGACGAGGGCUGGCUCUCGGAAACUCGGCGCCUGCGGGCGGGGUGAGCUGCGCCCCCAUGGGCACAGGUGUCGCCCCUGGCGGGGAUCUGGAUUUCCUGAGCCGGUUUGCGAUGAAGACCGACGCUGCGGGCGCCCCAGGCAGGAGAGCAAGCCUCAGAGAAGAUGCGGAGAAGGAAACUCCGGCCCCAGAGCCCGUGGACAAGGGAGAGGGCCUGGUCUGGGAGGAAGAGGAAGGAAGAGCCACCCUGAGCCUGACCUUCACCCUCCGGAAUGCUGGAAAGGUCGGGCUGUCCAAGACAGCCAAAGUCUUCGAGGCUUCUGAAGCUGGAAUCCAACACCUUGAAACCAGGCAAGCCAAAAUAUCCAAGAACACUACCGAUGACCUCGAAUUUUUUGUCAAAUGUGAAGUUCAUAAUUCUGAUGUCAGUGUCCUUAUAAACUCCUUAAAGAAAGUGGCAGAAGAUGUGAAAACUAUCAGAGAAGAGAGAGUCCCAUGGUUUCCAAAGAAAAUACGAGACCUUGACAAGUGCCACCAUCUGAUCUCCAAGUAUGAACCUGAUUUGGACCACGAUCAUCCUGGCUACACUGACCCAGAGUACAGGAAACGGAGAGCCUUCUUUACAGACCUGGCCUUCAGCUACAGAGAAGGAGACCCUUUGCCUAGAGUUGAGUACACUGCCCAGGAGACCUCUACUUGGAGAGAAGUCUACAGGAAGCUGAGCAGCCUCUAUCCCACCCACGCCUGUAAGCAGUACCUGGAUGCCUUUCAGCAGCUGGAGAAAUGCUGUGGAUACCAAGAGGAUAGUAUACCUCAGCUUCAGGAUGUCUCCAGAUUUUUAAAAGAAAGAACAGGCUUUCAGCUGAGGCCAGCUGCAGGGCUGCUAUCUCCUCGUGACUUCCUUGCCAGCCUGGCAUUUCGUGUCUUUCAGAGCACACAGUAUAUAAGGCAUUCCUCUUCCCCUAUGCAUUCCCCAGAACCGGACUGCUGCCACGAAUUGUUGGGCCAUGUUCCCAUGUUGGCAGACAAAGAAUUUGCACAGUUCUCACAGGCUAUUGGACUGGCUUCUCUUGGCUCAUCUGAUGCUGAGAUUGAAAAACUGGCAACACUCUAUUGGUUUACUAUUGAGUUUGGUCUCUGCAAACAAAAUGGAUCCAUCAAAGCUUAUGGGGCAGGACUCCUUUCAUCAUACGGGGAGCUUGUGUAUGCGUUAUCAAAUAAGCCUGAGCACAAACCGUUUGAUCCCGAACUGACUGCAGUUCAUCCAUAUCAGGAUCAGACCUUCCAACCUGUCUAUUUUGUCGCAGAAAAUUUUGAAGAUGCCAAGGCCAAACUCCAAAAAUAUGCUCUGAAGAUCAAGAAGCCUUUUUAUCUUCACUAUGAUCCAUUCACCUGCAGCAUAGAGGUUCUGAAUACACCUCAGAAAGUCAAGAACACGCUCAGUCAAAUGAAAGAGGAGCUGAAAAACCUGUGCUUUGCCCUUGAACAAAACCCUUCUUAAAAACCCGUCUUAGCUGUGCUGAAAUGUGUACAAAUAACUCUAGAACUUACUGAUUUCUAGUGGUGAAACUGUGUGUCGGAAAAGCCUAACUCAUGAGUAGCUGAGUCAGUCUAAUCACCUCAGUGGGUCAAGCUACACAAUCUUAGCCACAUUCAUGACUUGUUAUAGUAUGUUUCAGUGACAAACAACAAAAUCUUCUACUUUUGAUAGGCAAUGUAAGCUAGCAUUGAGUGGAGUAUAUUUAUCUACUGUUGUACCCUUUAUUGCAUUAUACUGAUAUAUAGAAACCCAUGCCACUUUUCUAGGACUAUCUCAUUGAAUGACACCACCUUUCAGACACGCGACUUUUGUUUGCCAAUUAAAUGACCUCAAACUAUCUGGGCUGAUAACUGCUUGAAAACAUCAUCUAUAAAUUUUUGGAGCUCAGUUCUGCAAACAGUUACUAAGACGUCUAAUACGAGUUACCAUGCAUAGUUCCCUCAAUAUGCCCUGUAGAAAAUGUUUGUAGGAUCAGGCCUUGAACUUGUACAUGGUAUUUAUUUGAGACUGCCACUUCAUUUAACAGCCUUCAUAUACUGGUAGAUAAUUUAGUGCCAGUCACUGGGGCCCAAAGUUUGCUAUGGAUUUACUUUCCUGUAUUUCUCUCUCACACACACAAUUUUUCUUUAGAGCCAUUUUUUUUAUUGCAUCUUGUAGUAAUAUAUCUGUCUGCUUCUUGCCAAUUGGGGCAAAGGCAAAAAUGUUUGAUGACUAAUAAUAAAUCAUUUUUGAAUAAAUCAAGUUUUUUUAAAAAAACCAAAUAUUAUGUUCAUCAAGCUGCUUAUUUUGCUUUGAACCAUGUGCUCAAGAAAAAAUAGGUGGAGAAUAAUGCCAGAGAGGAAGAGCUAUCAAAAUAUUUUCUAUAGAUGGACUCUGCAGGCCAUAGGGUCUCGUUCGUGAAUUCCCUCUGAGAGACUGAAUUUGGAUUUUAGUCUUGAGUUUGGCUGGAGCUCAGAGUAGACCUAUAUUUGGAAGAAAUGGCUUUGUUUUGUCCAAGGCCUCACACUUCCCUUGGAGGGACUCCAGGGCCGCCCACACACCCUUGUCUUUUCCAGUUCCUGGAGCAGUGAGAGAAAAAGAAAUAACUUAGGGCCAGCUUCUCCUGCCCUUACACAUGCUUAUUAGUGCCUUACUUCUCGAAUAAGGCCAUUCAUUGCAGUGGAAUAACAGUGGCAGAAUCUAGUCCUGAGCUGAUUUUGGUGUUUUUAACAACACACUAUUUUGACAAACUGCAGACUUAAUGGCAAUUGGCCAGAUUCAUCCCUGGUGUAACUUCAUCAACUCCUAUGGAGUUACAACAGUGAUUAAUGUGACUCAUGAUUUCAGGGGUAAAUUGCUCUUUCCAUAAGAGGCAAAACCUGCAGUCCUAGGUCAGGGUCUCAUAUGAUCCAGCAAAGGCUGUUCCAAAAGCAGCAGUCAUCACACUUCCUUAAGGACUAAAUUCUUUAACCCUUAUUUGGUGUAAGGACAGAGCAAGAACUGCAGGGUUUGACCCAAAAUGACGUGGACCAAUUGCGUUGCUCUUACAAUAGCUGUUGUUUCAUCAUCAUAAAAUAACCAUGAAAAGGCGAUGCCAGAUGAGGGUGACAGAGGCUAGCAGCAGACCAAAUCAAACAGAAAAAAACUAUAUAUAGUUCACAUUUGAGUUGUUUCAUGUUAAUCUCUCAUAGGGUGACUUGAAAGCCAAGUAAAACAUGUCUUGUGACUUGAAACUGAACUACUGAUGAACUCCCUGUGGUGGAUAUUUUGCUUAUCGUGAUAAACUUAUUUUU